AUGUCUGGGUCUCAUUCACUUCCUCAACCUAAUACAAGCCCUUCUAGACGGGACUCCGUUGCUUCACACGCAAAUUCCACGGCCUCGACAAGGCAUAUGCUGGGCGACAUGAACGCUCCUCUCGACCGCCCAAACCCUCCUUUCCUAGCUGCUGGCGGCUCCCAGUCGUCGUUGUCAGGGGGCCAUUCGCCUGUGCGCGACAGCAGCAGCGUCUCACUUAGCGUCAACUACCUUCCUUCAAAAUUCUCCACAGCGCUGGUGUCGCCGGGCGGCAGAAGGCGCAAGGGCAAAGGCGGUGCCGCACUCCCGAAGAUGGGCGGAGGCGUCGAGGCAUUUAGAAGCGGCGAGGCUCGUAUGCCUGGUGAGAACGACGAAGACUACGAUGGAGUGACUAGCGGCUGGUUCGGCAAGGAGGGCGGGCGCACUCGACCCAAAGGGCGAUGGAACAGAUUCAAGUGGCUGCUCUUCGUUGCCAACGUCCUCCUCUCUGCUUAUUCGCUCAUCGGACUGAUCUUCUGCUUGCUCACCUGGUUCAACAUCUGGACCAACGCCGACGUCGUUCGCGUCGGGAAUGUCCCCGAGCUAGUUACCUCCACCAUCGCCGCCUCCCUCGGCAUCGCCACCUCCCUGAUCGGGUGGGCGGGCAUCCUCCUCAACAACCGCAUGUUCCUCGCCGUCUACUCCUUCCUGCUCUGGAUCUGCUUCGCCUUCCUCGUCGUGCCCGGGUACAUCACCUACAAGAAGCACACCUUCAACCUCGAGGGCAAGAUCAACGCGCAAUGGAGCAGGGACCUCGGGGCGCAAGGGCGGAUGCGCAUCCAGACGCAGCUCGGGUGCUGCGGGUACUUCAGCCCGUUCGUCGAGGCGACCGUGACGGCGACGUGCUACGCGCGCAGCAUCCUCCCGGGGUGCAAGCGGCCGUACAUCGAGUUCGAGCGCGUGGUGCUGCAGCGGUGGUACGUCGUGGCGUUUGCGCUGGUGCCGCUCCACUUGGCGGUGAUGAUCAUCGGGCUUCUGUGCUCGAACCACGUCACGUACCGCUUCGGCAAGGGCAUGAUGCCCAAGGCAUACCGUCUGAGCAUGAACAGCAUGGCUGUGAUCAUGGAUAACUAUGCCAACCAACUCGCCGAGCAGUUCGGGUCCGACGUCGCGUCGGAAGUCCUCGCGCGUUCGCGAAGCAACCUGAAGCUGGAUGCAAUGCCGACGAUGGGAUACGGCGCAGCGCAGUCCUCGGCGUACAGCAGCCAUUACGAGCCAAUUACCCACAGAAAUCACCACGAAGGCCACUCGGCAUCUUCAUCCCCAUAA